AUGCUUAUUCGCCUUGAUAUUUCCAACAAUUGUAAGACGCAAAAAUUGGGAUUCUCGAUAAUUGAGGAGUUCAAGAUUUGUUUGGACAGCAGCUUCGUGCUCGACGUGCUCCCGCUUCGAGCCAAUAUGAAUCCGGCAACGGCUCAUCGAUUGUUCUACACCGAUUUCGGCGUUCUCAACAGUUUUAAAGCGAACGCGUUCACGAUGAAUGUGUCGACGUCGCGAUUCGGAUUGGCGACGCCGCGCAUCUUGUGCGAAGUCGUCGACGUGCUCUGUCCGCAGCUCAUUCAAAUAAUGCACGUCAAAUCGAAAGGUGUUCCGCGUCUGAUGGCGCUCGCCGAAGCGACACGAGAAGGCGCCGAGAUCAUCGAUGAAGCGGGAUACGUCGGCGCGUGGCCCGGAUACUGUGGAACGUCGAACGCAGCGCUCGUCGAGAUGCGCUCGCCGAUUCUCGACGCCUAUUCAUAUGCGACGAGUUCCGAUGAUUUGUUCAACGCGCGCUAUAAUCGUGACAGCUUUUUCUGGCAUCCCACCAGGGUUUUGGGCUUCAUGUUCUCGGCGAAUGAGAUCAAAAAACGAGUAGACUAUCCGUUCAACGCAAUUCGACCAUUUGAGAGUGAAGUGUUCAACAAGAUUAUCAUCACGUUGAAGCCGUUGAUUGUGCUUCGCAACGAAAAGAAUCAGACGGCGAUGACCGUGUAUCCGAAGGCCAACUCGAUGCUUAAAGGCGACACUCCAUUUUUCGCCGAUGUGUCGGUCGUCGAUUCGGACGCCGUCGAUUUUCCGACGGUUCAGGAUGCCUGCGGCAAAAUGACGAUGCUCAUGGAGACGUUCGAUUAUGACACCGGUGUCUACUCGGUACGCAAUUUGAGAUUGCGAGCGUUGGGCAAAAAUGAGCAGGUAUUGCGCAGCGCGGGCUUCGUGUUCAACGAGCAAUUCUCGUCGAAGCGUUGUCUUGACGACGUCGAGCCGAUCAUCGAAAUGCAGAACACCAACAAUACGAAACAAUUCGAAUUGAUUCGCGCCAAAUACGUCGAAUUGUACGAGAAGCUCGGAUGGAAAAGCCUCGGACAAAUCGGCUACGCUUCGUGGGGAAAUUUCGCGUUCGCUCAACGAUGA